AUGACACAGUCUGAACUGUACAAAAUUACUCUCCGUGAUACGACAUUUACUCUCGACCAUUCGCAGAUUCAAUAUGACUCCCCAAAUUACUUUACUUCUUGCUUCCUUGGCUCCUUUUCAGAGUCGCAUGCACGAGAAAUUAGAUUAUCCCGAGACCCGGCUUUAUUCUCGAUAAUUGUUAAUUAUCUAAGUGGAUAUGCUAUCCUACCGAUUCAGCCGCCCCCAGGAAUGUCGGAGGAGGUUGCUUGGGAGAACUUGCUACGGGACGCACUGUUUUAUGGACUAGAUGAAUUGGCUAGUAUGCUGGAAGGACACAAGCUGGGACCCAAAUCACUUCGGAUAAUGAAGGAGGGUGUCACUAAAAGUUACCUUAUGGUAGUUUGGCCGCAAGGAAUGGGCAGCCGGAAAGGACAGUCUAUGGUCCGAUUGUCGGAUAUUCAGGCUCAAGCCCAGUGCACUACCCAUUCCCUAUCGCCCGGUGCCGUUCCGCUCCUACAGACCUCGGGUACCCCGCUAGUCAGCCAACUUCUCAAGGAACAGAAGAUCGUAGCUCGCUCAUGGACAUGGGUUGCCUUUUGGACGACCAUGAAACCUAAUAACAACAACCUCGUUGGAUCAAGAGUUGACAAUGACUGUGCAGUACUAGAGAUUAGCGAAGUUUCUACCUUGCAGAUCAAGUUGCCCAAAGUAGAUUAUCCCACGAGUCAUAUGACACAGGCUCCACAUAUCACGUGCAGUCGGCCAAACAUUAUGCCCAAAUCAGGACUCUUCUGUUGUGACACACCCCACGUCUUCCCCACCACCAUGCAUCUCCGUUUCUCUAUCGCAUUGCUCGCAGUAGCUCUGGGAUCUCAGGCUGCAUUUAUUCCUCCUGUCGCAGAGCUUAUUGAACUAGCGCGCCUUGGUGGAGAACCCCACAUUACAAACAGUUGGUCAUAUACGGAUUGCGGGCUCCCGACCGAUGCUGUGCAAGUCAAAUCAAUCAAACUUUCUCCUGACCCCCCUCAGAUUGGGAAGGAUUUGACGAUUACUGCUCGUGGUGUUGUGACACGGAAAAUUGAGGAUGGCGCUUAUGCAGAUGUGACGGUCAAACUCGGACUGGUCAAGCUUCUACACAAAGAAUUCGACGUCUGCGAAGAAGCGCGCAAGAACAACGUUACCAUACAAUGCCCCGUCGAGCCCGGUGAAUACGAGAUUGUUCAGACUGUACAGUUGCCGAAAGAAACACCCCGAGCCAAGUUUAUUAUCGAUGUCAAGGGAUUUACUUCGGACGAGGCUCUCGAUGUAGACUUGGCGUGCCUGAGGCUUCAGACUCUGAAGGCGGAAGAAAAGCAAGGAAACAAUCAAUGCCUUGAAAGUCACUGGAAGACUCAUCGCCUAUACUGCCUGGAUCCUAUCGAACUUACUACCGCUGAUCGUCUGGCACUAGCAGCGUUUACGGGUUCCCCGCCACGGGACCCUGAUGUGCUCAAGGACUUUGGCUUUCUCCGCGCACAUGUCCCUUCAAGCCGCGCCUAUUUAUUCGAUAUUUUCCGAUACAUAUUCAACCAGGGAGGGAUCGACCCCCGUGUUGUCCAUCAAUUCAGGCUCGACGGAACACUUGUGCAUUGCAUUCAAACAUUCUACGAAGCUAUCCCUGAAGCCAGCCGAGGAGAAUGCUAUUCUUGGUUUCUCAGGAAUCAGCACCUGCUCAUGCCCCCUCCGUUCAACGACAUAUCGCACGAAGUUCUCGACGACGACGCUCUUCAGCACACUUGGUGGUUUAUUGGAGGAUCCGCCUCGGAUACACCGACUGAGAUUAAGCUUCGCAUGCAAGCAUGGCCCGAAGAAAAGCAUCGAUGCUUCGAAUUCAUUCAACUACUCCUCCGGGCGGGGUUCCGGUUAUCGCCAGAUCGACCCGAGUGGCUCCAAUUUGGAUUCUGUGGAUGCAAAUCUAAUGCCGAAGAAACAAAGCUCUGGGCAGCCUACCUCAAACUUGUUAGAACUGUCACGUUCGAUCAGUUUUAUCAUGCAUACACUAAAUCCUCACUUCCGGCACUAUUUUCGGCUCAUGGCCUGCCCGUUACCAACAACUUCGUUCUAGACAUACUGGGCGACACGCCUCGCCGGACGAAAUCUGUCUGGAAUCUCAAGCAAUUUACGCUAGGAUACUACCAGCAACUUACUACGCCAGUUUUAGUUGAUUAUGGGUUUGGAAAUUGCAAAGAUGAGGAGACUAUCUAUUCUCUCCAGCAGGUUUACAGAAAAUAUUCAUAG